ACUCCCACCUCACCUCACUCCACACUUACCCAAUUAGGCACACCAGAAGCAGGCCAGAGAAAGAAAGAAAGAAAGAAAAGACAAAAAAAUCUGUUUUAUCCAAUUUUGCUUCAUCAACUACCAAAAAUGCCUUCUCCUGUACCCACCUUGCUCUCCAAAUGCACCGUCUUCCCAGACCAAAAGUCCACUCUCGGAAACCUCAAACUCUCCGUUUCGGACCUUCCCAUGUUGUCCUGCCACUACAUCCAAAAGGGAUGCCUCUUCACCCACCCCAAUCUCCCACUCCACUCUUUGAUCCCUCUCCUUAAAUCCUCACUCUCUCGCACUCUUUCUCUCUUUCCACCUCUCGCCGGCCGUUUAAUCACCGAUUCCGACAGUUACGUCUAUAUCGCUUGCAACGACGCCGGCGUCGAUUUCAUUCACGCCAAUGCCACUGCCCUUCGCAUCUGUGACUUACUCUCCCAACUCGAUGUUCCUGAAUCUUUUAAGGAAUUCUUCGCCUUCGAUAGGAAAGUCAGCUACACCGGUCACUUCUCUCCGAUUCUCGCCGUUCAGGUCACCGAACUCGCCGACGGCGUUUUCAUCGGCUGCGCCGUCAAUCACGCCGUCACCGACGGCACCUCCUUCUGGAAUUUCUUCAACACCUUCGCUCAGCUCUCUAGAGGAGCCAGCAACUGCAUCCGCAAUAUACCGGAUUUCCACCGCGAGUCGGUUCUCAUCUCCGACGCCGUUCUCCGUUUGCCGGAGGGUGGUCCUCAGGUCACGUUCGACGCCAACGCGCCUCUGCGCGAGAGAAUAUUCAGCUUCAGCCGCGAAGCGAUUCAGAAACUCAAAGCCAUAGCGAACAACCGCCGGUGGCCGGAAAACAACAACUUCGCCGGCGAGUUGUUACGGAAGAAAAGCAACGAUAAUCUACUAAAGGAGAACAAGGCGACGACAAUUCUUGAGAACUGGUUCAAGGUGAAUUCAAAUUCGAUUUCGAAACCGCAAACAGUGGAAAUUUCGUCGUUUCAAUCAGUGUGCGCGCUUCUGUGGCGCGGGGUGACGCGAGCGAGGAAAUUUCCUUCGUCCAAAACGACGACGUUUAGAAUGGCGGUUAACUGUCGCCACCGGUUAGAACCCAAACUGGAAGCGUAUUACUUCGGGAACGCGAUUCAGAGCGUGCCUACUUAUGCUUCCGCGGGUGAGGUGUUAUCCAGGGAUCUACGGUGGUGCGCGGAGCAGCUGAACAAAAACGUGAAGGCGCACGACGACACUAUGGUGCGGCGCUUCGUAGAGGAUUGGGAGCGCAACCCGAGGUGCUUCCCACUUGGGAACCCUGACGGUGCAUCCAUCACAAUGGGUAGUUCUCCGAGGUUUCCAAUGUACGAUAACAAUUUCGGGUGGGGAAGACCACUCGCGGUGCGAAGCGGAAGAGCGAACAAAUUUGACGGUAAGAUCUCAGCGUUUCCCGGAAGAGAUGGAACAGGGACCGUUGAUUUGGAGGUUGUUCUAGCGCCCGAAACCAUGGAGGCGCUAGAGUCUGAUCCCGAAUUCAUGAAAUAUGCAACGUGUCAAUUAUGACACGUGUCGAGCUAUGGUGCAUCCAGCGUAUUAUAACUACUUGCUCGCAUGGUCACGUCAUGCUCGUGUUCUGUUCGGACGGUGGGGAUGACUUUAUUCGGGAGUGGGGGCUGUAUCAUUGUGACAUAGUCUUAUUUUUUUUUUUUUAGCGUUUCUAUCUGUACUUUUUUUUAUAAUUUUAAUUUGAGUAUGAUGUUUUUCACCUUAUGAAAUGUUUUCCUUUUCGUUUCUCUUCGAGCAUGGGAUUCGUGAUAGAGUUUUCAGAGACAGUUGUAAUAAAAAUUAUAUAAUUAAUAUCACCAA